AUCAGUAAAUGGUUAGUCUGCUGUUCCCUGGCACUCUCCAUAUCACUCGUUCAGAUUCAGGCUGCCCGACUCCCAGUGAAUGGGUCCCUGGGUCAGUCAGUCUCCCUGUCCAUGGGGAUCUCACACGGAUCGAAGCUUUACGAGGUUGAAUGGAAGCGAAUUUCAUCUAAACACAGAAUAGUGAGAUGGACAAACGGGAUCAUUAAAUAUUUUCAUACUGAGGAGUACAAGAAACGAUUUAAAGUUCAUCCAGAGGAUUUGAGUCUGCAGAUCAGUGAGUUACAGAGAGAGGACACUGGGGUCUAUGAGGUUUCUGUUGUUCUAGAUUCAGGAAAGGAAUCUUCACAGACGGUACAACUGGACGUGUACGAGUCUGUGACAGGAACAAACAUCACGAUUGAUCAGAACAGGAGGAACUGCAACAUGACCCUGACCUGCUCAGUGAACACAGGCGAUCACAUCAGCUUCAGAUGGUGGAGGGGAGGUGAAGCAUUGAGAAACGACAGCACCCAUCAUCUUUCCAAAACCGGAGAGGAGUUACAGCUUUAUUUCACUGGGGAGCCCAAGGACAGUGUGUACAGGUGUGAGGCCAGGAACCCAGUCAGUGAGGACACUGCACAGAUCACACUGAGAGACGUCUGUAACAUAACUGUAAACGCUUCACCAUCCUACAGCUCUCCCUGUCCCAUGAAGCUGACCAUCUCUGUUAUCAUUCUGACCAGUCUCCUCUUCGUCAUUGUCAUCGUCCAUGUCAUCAGUCGGAGCAGCAAAGGCACGGAUUUGGGGGGCAAAAGAGCACGAGGACAAAUUCGAGAAGAGUUGCGAGGAGGUCACUCAGGCGCUGCCGGAGGAGGGACACAGGGACCUGUCUCCGAGGUGGAUGGAUGAGGAGUAGGAGGAAUCGGGGAGAUGAGGGAGUGGGCGAUGAGGAAGAGGAGAAGAAUUUUCCGACAGCCUUGGGAACAACCUCAAAGAGUCGCAGCCGCCCAUGGGCUAUUUCCAGAGAGCCACCCACCAUCAUUACAUCAGGAAAAUCACAGGUCACCCAACCGUGCACAGCAAGAUCCCAGCAGCAGCCAACGAGGGGGGCGUUCACUGCCAGUCUGUCCAGUGCCAAGAUGGAGAAUGAAAGGAAUUUGGAGCAGGAAGUGGGAUCCAGUAUUCCGAGUGGGAAUGUCCCACGUUCAGGAUGAGAGCUCUCGGAAUUUCCUGGAGGGAUUCUCACCGGGAUCUCCUCACAGACUGAAUUUCACGGCUCUGAGUGACGUGGGGUUUAAGAGGGGUCUGUGCCCACCUGGGCCUUUCAUUCAAAUACAGGGGCUUCCCCAGGUUCUGGGGUGAUUCAGCGGCUGAAACUCCAACCCCGCGGUCACUGUUACUGCCAGGAUUAAACAUUCUAGCACUUUCUCAGCUGGUGUCCCAUCUUCCACCUUCGAUAAACUCCAGCUCAUCCAGAACUCUGCUGUCCCUGUGUCCCUAACUCACACUGAGUCCCAUUCACUCAUCACCCCCUCUGCUCCCUGAUCGACAUUGGCUCCUGAUCCUAUUAUACAGGUCACUCAUCUCCUGUCCAAAUCCCCACUAUGACCUCGUCCCCAUCACUGUA